AUGUCUGGUGACGUCGACAACUCUCUCCUCUCACGGCUUCAAGCCCUCCGCGGUGAGGGUGGUUCGCCCAAAAGCCCAGCAUCAAACCCGUACGGCACAUCGUCCCCUCACCAUCUCAUCGAAAUGCGGAUUAUUAACAGCACUAGUAUAAAAUUCGACGUUGUCGAGCGAGCCAAGGCGCCAACAGGGGGGGAUAUCCUCGCCGCCCGGCUCAAGAACCUCCGCAGCCAGGCAGAUGCACCCAUCUCGCCAGCACCUGCCAAAAUCACAGAGCGGACCGCAAAACACACAUCAGACGUACCGGGUUCAAAAAAGACUCAAGAUGUCGAGGAUGACGUAGAUGCCCUCUUUGAAACAGACGACAAGGCACUAGAGGAGAUGCUCGCAGACCUCGACACCCCCGAACCCGCGUCCAAGGACGAACAUGUUCAAGCCCUCCUGGAGCAAUUAUCAGCCCAAAUACCCAAAGAUGACGACCAAGCAGACGACUCAGAUGGGGAGCGAAUGGCGCGAGAGGUGGACGACGUAAUUGCCCGGUUCAACGACGAGAUAGAAGUCGAAGCGCGGGACGACAAAGAGGGCCAAGGACCACCAGAAGGAGGGACGGACGACAACACAGAAAUUGCACUGCCGUCGGUCCCGGCAAACCCCGACCUCCCACAAGACACGUCGCCCAAGCCCAAAGGAAUAGACGACAUUACCGCACGCAUGGCCGCCCUCCGAGCCCCAGCAGCAGAAGACGAGCUCCCCUCGGUGCCCACGUCGAAACCGUCCAAGCGCGUGGACAGGCUGACGAGCAGGACAAACUACACAGACGACGACGUGGACUCCUGGUGCACGGUGUGUUUGGAGGACGCCACGCUCCGGUGCUUGGGGUGCGACGGAGACGCGUACUGCGCCCGGUGCUGGCGGGAGAUGCACGUCGGGCCAGCAGCCGCGUGGGACGAAAGGAGCCACAGGGCGGUGCAGUUCACGAGGGACGGCGACAAGGAGAGCAAGAUUGCCCUGGGGGCCUAA